AUGUCGUUCAACCCCGGUGAGAAUUUAUAUGUCAACAAUGAUGAUAAGCAUGAUGGGCAACCUCCCUAUUCCUCUCAACCCCAACCCACUCUGAACCCAUUGCCUCUGCCUCUGCCUGUGCAAAUGCUGUCGACCCAAAGUGAUCUUCCUGAACCAUAUCCCCAUGUCGGCCCCCCAGCAGUGUCAUCCCAGGUGCCACGAGUUGCCACUGAGCAUAGCAAGCUAAAUGGGAAGGAGAAGGAAAAGCCAAAUGAGAAGGGAACAAAAGAUUUUGAGUACCAGUUCACUCUGAACACAAUGGAUCCCAAGAAGGAGGAUGAGACUGUAUUCUUUGUUGAUUCAAAAUCUUGA